UGAUUCUGUCGGCUUUCACGGAAUUAUCGACACAUGCCAUGUCUCAGGUCGCAGACGAUAUUGAAAGGCCGGUUGACGGCGUCGAGACUGCUACUCCUAGAGCAGACGUGACGGAGUCCGAGGCGUCCAUUGAAGUUGAGGAAAGAUCUGUCGCUGGACAAACUGAGCAGCAACAACGCAAGGUGUCUCUGAAUACGUUGCCAUGGGGAGCUCCUCUUCAACCUGCUCAUGAUGCUGAUGAAUAUUCUCCUGGAGAGUUUGCUCUCAGAACCCUUUUUACCGAGUUUACUAUUAUGACAUCAAAGAAACUUGACAGGGUGGCUAGUGAGUCAUUGGAAAGGUCGAUCUCCAAAUCCAUGCAGCGUGGAGAAGAUGCUCAGUUUGAUCAGCUACUUGAUUCACUUGCGGCUGUCUCUGAGCAUUGCCUUCCAUCUGUUCUACGAGUUCUCAUAGAGUGGCACAGUAAACAGACGUCGAGACAAGCUGCUGAGCGUUUGCUGUUGCAUUCUGCUCAAGUAUUAGGCCAUAGAUGGUCACAUGCUGGUGGAGGGUGGGAGUCACCACGCAUGUCAGCCAGAGAAAUUAGAGACUUGGAGAAGGAGAAGGAUUUUAUGGUGCAGAGAAGAGAGUUGGCUGUGGACUUUCUGUUUUGCUUGGCUGCAAUUAGUGUUUUAGAGAAGCUGCCACUCCAUCCAUGUCCAGAUGAUGUGCUCAACGCUGUUGAAGAUAUGGCUUUUAAACAUUUCAAACAGAAGGAGAAUUACACUUCUGGACCAAAUGCAGUCAAUGGCAGGCGGAUUGCAGAUCUCUUUGCCGAGGUUAUUGGAGUGAUGUCUCAAGCUCGUUUUCACUCUGUGAAGAAGAAGUUCUUGACUGAAAUGAGAGAGCAGCAAAGUAGCACAGUUAUACAAAAUCUAAUUAGGGGAAUGAAUUUUAUUAGGGUUAAGAUGUAUCCUGUGGAAGAAGUGGAAGAGUGGUUUAGUUUUCUAAAAGAAUGUGGAAUGAUCUUUAUUGAAACAAAGGAUCGGAGCAUCAAGCAUUCUCUUUGCACAUUAUUUGUUGAGAUUCUUGUGCCUGUUGCGGCAGUGGUGAAGAGAGAGGUGAACAUUCCAGCUGUCAAGGCAUUUGUGGAGAUGAUGUAUCAACACGCAUUUGAUGUUGCAAAGAAAGGAAGGCAUAGUUUGUCUCUGUCUCUUUAUCCACUGGUGACAGUUCUGUUGUGUAUCAGUCAAAAGCAAUUUUUUCUCGACCAUUGGCACUACUUUCUUUCUCUAUGUUUGUCACAUCUUCGCCAGAGAGAUGUUCCCAUGCAAAGAAUAGCUCUGGAAUCAAUUUACAGAAUGUUGUGGGUGUAUAUGAUUAGAAUCAAGUGUGAAUCUCAUAGCACAACUCUCACGCGACUUCAAACUGUUAUUGACUGCCUUUUUCCACGUGGGUCUAGAGGCGUUGUACCUCGUGACACACCAUUGAAUAUUUUUGUGAAAAUUAUUCACUUUAUUGCAAAAGAGAAACUUGGCUUUGCAAUGCAGGAGAUCAUUUUUGAACUUCUUGGUGUGAACAGCAAAACUAAGAUGGGAUUGAAUCCAGAGAGAAUGAAUAUUGGACUGAGAGCAUUUCUUGUCAUAGCAGACCAUCUGGAAAAGCAGAAGGGAGAUCCUCCUAUGCCUAGCACUAUUGGUGUACUACCUUCUGGUGGAACUCUAAAACGAAAAGCGCACUUUACAAAUAAGAUGUUGACAGACACAAUGGCAAGGAAAAUUGGAGUUGUGGAUUAUCAUCAACAUGUGAGGCGGGCACUGGAGAGUAUCAUACAUGCACUAGAUCUGCAAGUUGGCCGUCAGCUGCUUAUGACAAAUGUGUUGUCAUCAAACAAGGGACCUGAAGAACUCUUUGGAGGUGAUCGAAAACCAAAAAUUGAGUUAUACAGAACAUGCAUUGCUGCUAUUCCAAGGUUGAUUCCAGAUGGUCUUAGUAAAGAUGAGCUUGUAGAGCAUUUGUCAAGACUCACAGUACAUUUGGACAAUGAACUUAGAGGGUUGUCUUUUACGGCAUUGCAGACUUUAGUGAGAGACUUUUCAUCAUGGCGAGAAGAUGUUGUGAAGGGAUUUGUAGCAUUUAUUUUGAAAGACAUACCAGAUACAUGUCCCCUCGUGUUGGAUAGUGCACUGCGCAUGUUAAUUCUUUUCCUCACACAGUGGAAGACGACAGCACAGAAUGAAAAAGUUAAAGCUGAGCGUGGAGAGGGAAUUUUUCCUGACAUGGCAAGGCUUCGAAUUCCGUCUGAACAACGUCCUUAUGCUACUGUUUUGCACAGGGUUGAGGGACUGGCACUUGUCACGAUGUGCAGUUGUCGCUCUGUCACAAGGAAGCUCUCAAUUGCAGUUCUGAAAGAAGUCAGGAAUCUUUGUGCAGUUGUGGGUCACACACAGUAUGCAGAUGAAGACAUUGUAAUGGAUGUCGUUGAUAAUGCUGGCCCAUCAGCAAUUCGACACUGGUUUGCUGCUGUCCCUCCACAACAUAGGCCAUCUUUGCACCAGCUGAGCAGUGUUGAUUUGAAUUGGCUUGCUGAUCAGCCAUCAGUUAUACCAGACAGCAGCUUUGUUGAGAGUGGUCGAGCCCGUCCUAGUAGCAAUGGUUCUAUUGAUCCUUGGUCUACCUGCUUGGCUGGAAUGUUGGAAAUGAAGUAUUUACCAACGUGUUGCCCAUCAGCAUUGAGAUGCAGCUGGCCUGCCGUAUUCCAGCGAAUGGUAGCUGCAUAUUCAAUGAUUGAUCCAGGGUUUAAUGUGAGUGAUCCUUCAAGCAAGGGGUCAGUGGCUCGUGGAAAGAAAUUGUCAAACACUGAGGACAUUUGCUUGUGGCGGAAUUAUUUGGUGUUUGCUUGCUGUAUUGCACCCACACCUAAUCCGUUUGGUGGCCGAGAAUCUCCUUUGACACUAGGAGGACCAUCUGUAGACAUUGCUAUUGCCGACAGAGUUGAUAUAAAGGCAGAGAAAACAUUCACUGCUCAGGAGCUGUUUCACUGGCUUGUACCAUUGGUACGUAGUGAAGCACCUGAAAUGAGAGAAGUCAUUGUAACGGCACUUGGAAAGACCAAUCCACUUGUUUUCAAGGAAUUGAUAGAUGAAUUACAAGUCUCAAUGAAGGAUGCAUUAGAGAAACGAACUGAGUCGACCAGGAAAAGACGCAGGCGGGAUGUAUUGCGUGUAUAUGUGGCUCGAAUAUUUGAGCUAACGGCUGAUCAUGGUUGCUUUCGUGAUUGCCCUUCUGGUGUUGUAGAUGACAACAAAGCUCUUCUUCCCAUUUUUCUAGAUUAUAUUGAGGGAACAAAGGGAUUUCUUGUGGCUGAGAGUGAUAAGGAUUUGCCAGUACUGCAUCAAUUACGAUUGCAUUUUAGUGGGUUUAUAGCUCAAAUGGUUGGUAGCAUGCCACAGGGUAGAGCUCGUUCAAACUUGCUGACAGCAAUGAUGAGACAAGAAUUGUUCUUUCUAUUUUCUGGCUGGUGUGGAGUCUUUGCAUUGUCUCUCAGUGGGUUAGAAAAACGGGCAACACGAGUGAUCAAGUGUGAUGAGCUGCAGUUUACCUCUUUGAAGGCAAUGUCUGCUGUGCUUUGUACUGGUUCUGUUUUCGAGAAGUCUGCUUUGGAGCAACAAGGUUAUCUUUACGGAUGGCUGGACAGCUUGAUGGAUUGCCCAGAUGAAAAGGUCCACAAACUGGGAAGAAAAAGCGUAGAGCUACUUCUAAUGAACAAUGAAGACAUUCCUUAUCUUUUGGCAUGGGUCAUAGAUCGUUGUUACACUGGUUCAAGGCUUGUUCAAGACUGUGCUUUUGUUGCGCUUGCUAAAGUCUUUUCUAAAAGGGAGUACGCAUGUGACAAGGUGGCUGUACUGCAUGUCGUUUUGUACAAAACAUCUGAUUCAAACUCUCAAACUCGUGAUCUAGCAACUCAACUUCUUCAAACACUUGACAGACGAUUUUUCCGCUCACCAUCAGGAACAUCGUUGUCAGGCUGUUUGACAUCCACUUACUCACAGAGCCAAAUAGUGCUGUCUAAAGAACUAGCCAGAGCUCAUCCCGAACUGACUCUGGGUAUCUUCUCGGAAUUUAGUCAGCGAUUUGAGUCAUGUCCGAGAUCUGGACAACGUUCUCUUCUUCAAUACAUUGUUCCUUGGCUGGGAAAUAUUGAGUUGGUUGAUGUAUAUUCUCGUGGACAGACAUCAACUCUUCGAGAAACAGUCAGUUUAGAAAUCAAUGCUAACCUGUUAGUAACACCGGGUAGCGGAACCAGACUGAUUGGAAGUGGAUGGGGAUCCAUUACAGGAAGUCAACUUGUCUUGAAUAACUUAUUCUACAUCACUGCUAAACAUGGAAAUGAUGAUUUUGUGAAAGAAGUUGAAUUAUUGUGGGCCAGUCUGUGUGCAUGGGAGCAAAAUAUUAGUUCAAUUCUUAAAUAUCUGGUUUCUUUGGCCGGUCAAAGUGGCAGCUCAACUCUGUUAUCUCAUGCAAAACAAGUUGUUGUGUAUCUUGGGAGAGCACAUCCAAAAGCAAUUGUGGCCGAACUGAUGAAAGAAAUGCAGUCUGUUGAGGUUUUAAGUGCCACCAUUGAGAAGAAAGUCAGUCCUCCGUUUUACAAGGUAGUUCGAGCACCUUCUAGUGCAGGUCAGAGUAAGGACACAAGUCAAGCUAGUCAUGAUCCUCAGUCUAUAAGAAGACGUGAUCGGACUGGUGACUCUCCAAGUGAAGAUACCCUAACAAAUAAAGUUGGGUCUUCUACUUGUGUGGAAUCUGCUUCGUAUAAAGAAAUCAAUGUUGAUAAUCCACGCUCUUGUGAAGAAGACUGGGCAGCAUGUUGGAUCACAAAAGUUCAAACUUCUGAUGGAAAUCCAGUACCUCUUCCUGUUCCUCCUGGUGGUGGGUAUUACUGUCCAUUAGUUGAUAUGAUGCCAUUAUCUUCACAACCAACACCGCUACAUCGUUGCAAUUUUGCUUUGAUGUUGCUGACAGAACUUGUAGUUGAUCGAGCCGACGUCAGCUGGGCUACGCAUUUGCCUCUUUUGUUGCAUGUCUUGUUUCUUGGACUGGAUCAUGUCAAACCUCUUGUGUAUGAACAUUGUAAAAGAUUGCUGACUAAUCUUGUGCUGGUUUUGGCAUGCAAAUCAGAUAAUAGGCAUGACAUUGCUGCAAUGCAGGCGUCAGGCUUGCACAGUCCAUCUGAUUCUAGUCUUGCUGGUGACUCACAGCACCAACAGUCACUUUCAUUUUCUCCUAUUGCCAUAGACAAGUCUUACACACCCAUGGUUGCUCUACCAGUGUCAGAGUCACCUACCCCACCAACUCUUUGCAGCAAUUACAGCAGUGCAUCUACUCUUCAUCAGAACGAGCAAAGUACAUUGUCAAUAGACAGAGAUUUUACAGAAGGCGAUGAACGCCAAAAUGCCAACCCUGAACCGAAGGCUACUCGACCAUUAACUCAAGAAGAAGAAAUUGAGCUGCAAGCGAGAUUGCUGAUAGAAUUUGUCACUACCAGAGAUCGGCACAAGCCACUGUGGCCUUAUGAGGAGAUUACAACUCGUGCUACUAGUAUCAAAAGCACAGCUCAUCUUGAGGCGCUUCUCAGUCGUGUCCUGACUGUUUUUUCUUGUCUACCAGGCAGUGAUGUGCGACGUCGAUGGGCAAAAGUGGCAUUGCAGUGGGCAACGUCAUGCUCUUCUCGCCAUUAUGCUGGACGGUCUUUCCAGAUUUGUCGCGCUCUUCGACUGCCGUUGUCCUGGUCGAUGCUAGUUGAUAUUUUGUCUCGAUUAGUCGAUUCAGUUGGUGAUCCAAGUCCAGAUGUUCAAGGUUAUGUGAUGGAGAUUCUACUUACGCUUGCGAGUGCGGUGGAUAACGGGGUAGGAGAAAUCAAGUACCUAGACGAUGGAGUAGGAGACAAUGAAGAAAACCACACUCACUAUGAUGGCUCGGUAGCUUCUGUUCGACGUUCCCGUCAUUCUUCACGAAACCAACGAGAUUCGAGUGUGGUUGCUACCAAUGGAUCUGGCCAAUCGUCUCCAGCGAAACGAAUAGCUAAUAGACGAUCUCCUCAACUUCUCGAACCUUCACUCAUUAAUAAGUCGAUGAGACGUUCUGCGUCUACGAGCUUUGAAUCGUUUGUACGCAAGGAAGAACCAACUUUCAGUUCUAUGAAGCCUCGACCUCGCAGUCUUGUGAAGCAACGCACACCAGAAUACGCAGACAACGAGGCAGAGUUAGUGGCCGCGUUCAAAAACGUCAUCACCGACAAUCCUGAUCUAGGCGGCAACGUCAGUCGGUUGCGGGCAAAGUUUAGCGCGUCUCCCAAUGUGCCACAAGCAAUGUCUUGUAACGAAACGGAGGGACAAGAAAACGAGCACGAAGUGAACAAUAGAGGGAGACCUCAGACGUCGAGUCCUGGUGAAUUCCGAGAUCUUCUCUCCAAACUAUUUUGGGUGGCAUCGGCUGUACUCUAUUCUGACUACGAGCACGAAUUUCUAAUGGCUGUUAGAUUGAUGAACAAGGUAUUAGACAUGCUGUCUGCUGAUGAUCCAGAUGAUAUGACUCACCUCGAAGCAGUUUUGCGUGAACUGGAGUGGGUCAAUUUUCCUGGUGUGCAAUGUCUGCUAAUAAAGGGUCUUACUUCGUCGGCGACGUCCGAAACGACGAUCCACUUGCUUGCCAGGCUGACUCCUAUCGCCAAUCAUCACGUAUUUACAGCCUACCCGUUUCUAGGAUUUCCAAUCAACGUUACGUGUUUGCUUCUUCACUUGGGAUAUCGCUUUGCAAAUCGCGACCAUUUCUGCAAUCAAGUAGCGGAAACAAUCGAACACGUGUGUUUGUCUGACUUAUCACUGCCACGUUUGGAUCGAUUAUUCCAGCUCUACCGUGAAGGGUCAUACGAAAGGACGAGUAAUGCGUGGAUAUCGAACAUCUGCAAAUACUUGAAAGACGCUUAUUGUGAUAAGCAGUUUCACGUCUUGAUGAUACCAUUUCUGGCCGAAGUACUGGAGUUUGGACCGCACGUGUACCAGAAGAGCGUUCUACAGGUUUUAGGAGUACUCGGUAGGCCGAGAAAUCUGUCUUCCGAAACAGCUCAGAAGCUCAAUAAUCUCAUGCAACGCAUUGUGGCUCGGUUUGCGAAGACGGAUUUGUGGGAGGAUGCUAUUACGAUAUUGAAGCAAUCUAUUGCAAGCUCUGCCAAGUUGCCUCCCAAGCCGACUUCGGAACCAACACCCGAAUUCAUAGCUAGCACGCCGUGGUCUGUGGAUGCACAGUCGCCGAAGAGGGAGCGUCUUCCUGGUCCUACACUUGACGUGACGGUAGAGUUAAGUCGUAGCGGAUUCGUUCGUGAUGCCAAGGGUACUGCAGUCACUGAAGCAAAUGCGGAUGGCUCUAUUCCAUGGAAGAAGCCACAGCAGUCUCAGAGACGAACUCGGGAAAAAAUCGGGGCGGUUUUGAAGACCUGUGGACAUCAGAGUGGUCUACUUCAUAGUUCUUCUGUCGUCUUCAGUGAUGAUUUAAGUCCAGAACGUCAAGCAGUGUACUCAUCGUCGGAAGAAGCGUCGGUACAAGAUCUUUUACCAGGAACAGGACCGAAGACACAAAAUGAAACCGGAGAAGAAGGAGACGCUCCAGAAGAAAUAAUGGGAAUCUUAACCACUGAGUUUGAUUUCUUGGAUGAUGAACUAGAUCAACAGGUCGAUUUAGCUCGUCUUGACAACCCGUUUGGAUUUACCUUGAGGAGACGCUCAAUGGAAGACUUAGAAGAAAUUGGAAGAUCUAGUCUCGCCAACAGUACAAUCAAGUCUGGUAGCGUACCCAGCUUAAAACGCGCUGUUGAAAUGGAAGACAGCGACAGGAAGGUGAUCAUGCUGAGCGCUAGUGAUCGAUUCGACAGCGACACCAUAUCUCAGAUGUCGACAGACGACAGAGAGAAACCGGAAUCAACAAAUGCUGCUGUUUCCAGUGUCGAGUCGUCGUUGGACAUAGAAGACGCACAGCCUACGUACCAAAGACUAGUAAUCAGCGAUCCCACCUACCAACGAUCAUUAGACGACCGGCAGCAUCAGUCCUCACUAGACGAUAGUCUACCGUCUUGCCAAGAAACAUUAUUGGACGACAGCCAGUCGAGUUACCGUCAGCCGUUGGCGUCCGAAUUCGUAUCCGUAGCGAGUGAAGAAGUUGAAUCUCAGUGGCGUGCUCACGUUUCAACGGUACUGACCGAUACAACGGGAGCGGCAGCAGUCAAUACCUACCAUCUGUUUGCUCAAUUAUUCAAGACGACGAGGAGACGCGUCGUAAAGCUAACGAAAGAGUCUUGCGGUCUUUUGACUGAGAACUGGGGGAACGUGACAUCGAAUUUCUUGACGGUUGUUGAUAUUCUCAACUCUGAGGUAGAGUUGCCGCAUGUCUACACGGACACGGAUGCGAUUGCGAAAGCCAGACUUCUGGAGCGGCACAAGUUCCACGUGAUGGAGAUUAAUGAGAAUUUCAACAUGUACGUUCAACAACGUGACUCUGUAAUGGGGCAAGUUGAGAAUAUCAAAGUGUCUCUUCGACGAAUGUCCGUCGCGUCAGCCGACGGAUCCCCUUCUAAUGCUGCUCAAAUGAAGGAACUCUCACUGUGUCGUUCGCUGUACAAACUGCAUUUCUUACUGGUUGUGUUGCUGCAAAGUUAUGGUAACUUGCUGUUACUUGUUACGUCAGCCAAAGACAAUCCUCAGGUUACCGACAUGUCGUCCGAAUUCACUGACGUUCAGUCAUCAUUGCGGAUGGCCGCAUCUGCCUGCGAGUGGCUCGCCGGUGCCGAGGCAACAAUACCGACGUCGGCUGCUUAUCUAGAUCCGUUUACUAUUAGUCUACCGGCUGCAGUGCACACGUUACAAGAACACGUUAAACACAACGAAUGCAUUCAGGCUGUCAAACUGCUACGAAUGUUUCGUCGCAAAUGGAAAGACGGGUCGGUUGGAUUGUCGGCGGAUGACGAUGUGGAUGUGUUGCUAUCGGUGUAUGCAAGAUACAAAUCUGAGAGACGUUCAGGUGUUCUUAUUAUUACCGAUAUCGCACGGAAACUUCCAGCCGCUUGUAAUAAGCUGAUGGAGGCAAACAUGAUGUUGUUUAUGUCUCUAAAUCGCUCCGAAUGUGAUUGACUCCCAAAUGAUGGUAUUUUCUAAGUGGAGGUGGAUAUUUUGAUAACUGUACAGUAAGUAGUCAUAUAUACAAAUGGCAGUAGGUUGUAUUAGCUAUCUAGAUCUAUACAUUGCAGCGAUUUACUUUAAACUGGAUUUUUCGUUCGCUAA